AUUAAAUAAGAAAUGAAACAAUAUAAAUUUCAUUUCAGAAGUUUACUAAUAUGCUUAAUCUCAUUAAUUGCUUAUUACAGUGUGUGUGCGCAUUUAUAUUUGAAUGUCUCUCCUCAUUGGAUUUGGUCCUUAUAUUUAAGUCCCAUAUUUGUAGUAUCCGUAAUAUUAUUUAGUAUGUUUUAUGUGAGCGUAGCAAAUUAGAAAUAAGUAUUAUAUUAAAAUUUAUACCUUAGACUUAAUCAGACAGUGAAGAAGAUUUUUGUAUUACAUUAAUUUUACUGACCUUUAUGCUUAUUUGGUGGCCCAUUUUUAUUAUAAUCUAUCUCCAAAUAUUUGAAAAUGUUUUAAUACCAUUUGAAUCCCAAACAGGAAUACUAAUAGAGAGGAAUACGAGUUAAUUUUUUAAUGAAGAUUAUGCAACCUUGAUAUUUAAUUUGAGCAACGAUUAAAUUGGGAUUGGGUGUUAGUCAAGUUAAUAUGAUGCAUCAAUUGUAGAGUACCCUCUUCCAUACAAAUAUUAUGAUAUGGGGAAUUAAGUUAAAUUGCCUUCAUGGUUCUGUCUGCCACUUGAUACAGAAAUCAAAGAAGAAUAAGUUGAAUUAUAUGUAAGUACUCAUUCUAUAAUAAAUAAUAUGGCAAUCAUCACUUUUUAAUACCCUAAUUUUAUCAGUGAAUCUUUUUGGAUAGCAUUUAUAACUACUAUUUUUUAAUUUGCUUGUAUAUUUUCAUCAAUCUUACUUCUUGCCAUACUCUUAAUUAUGGAUUAGCAAUCUAUUGAGUCAAAUAUCAGAAAACCUUCAAGAAAGAAAAGGAUCAUCAAUUUCAUUUUGUCCUUUACUCUAUAUGUCUUCAUGAUCUCUUGCAACAGUCUUGUUGUAACCCUUACAUCCGUGCUUGUUGGAUUAUUGUUUCUAAUUUGGAGUCUAUUUAAUAAAAUCCAUAAUCAUUUUUACCAAAUGAUUAAAGGAAUGUUUAAAAUGGUCACUCAUUGGAUAUAAUAUAUUCCGAUAACAAUCAUAGCCAUUAUCUUGAUUUCAAUAUAUGUGGUGUUCAUAUUGAUUGUAAGUCAAUGUGUCAUCCAUUUUAAAAUAUUCUUGUGUCGUCAUUUUGUUGCCUUAUGGAAAGGAUAGACAGAGGAAUAAUUGGAAGGGUAUGAUAAAUUUAUCAACAAAAUAACAGUAUUUACUUGGAUUUGGAAUAUAAUUUUAAUAGCUUUGAUAUCAACUCAAACUAAUUCUGUGCCUUUGAUGGUGAUAUCCAUAAUUCUGUGUGUAAUAUAAUUAGUAAAUAUCCCCAUCAUAUUAAUAUUUACGCCUAAACGUAAAAUCUUUGAAUAACAAUGGUGCAUCUAUUACACUAAUUAUAAGAUUAUAAAUCAACAAUGCACAGAUCAUGAAUAGUAGAAUUAAUUCCCAAUGGAUUUGAGAGAGAUAGAGCUUCACCUUUAGGAUGAUAAGAUUUCAAAAUGA